AUGGUAAUCAAGAAGCUUGCUUCAGGCUUUCUAUCAGGGCUUGGUGAUCUUUGUUUUCUAGUUUUGGAAAUGGUGAGUACUUUGCUAAGGAUGCUUCUGGAUGACAUGGAGGGUUACUCUUAUCAUCAAUCCACCAGCCCAGUGUGGGGAAGAACAGAGAGCAGCACAUCACUUCAUGGCAAUGUGACCACCAAGAAGUGGGGUAAUAUCGAUGGUCUGCUUGCUGGCUGUCACUUACAGCAAGGAUUAUUCGCUACAAUGGGUGGUCUCAGCUCUAGCUUGCCGAAUGUGGAGAUGGAAACGGAGUCCCGUGAGCCCAAUGAGCAGCUGCCUGUCAUCCCCAUGGCUUUAGAUGAUGUGCAUGAUGUUAAUGGAUUGGGCAAGCAGUCAGAUUCAGCAUUGCCCAAGGAACUGCCUGAACUGCCCUUUGUUUGUGAGCACCGUGUGACCAGUACUACUGCAUGGAUAUGCUGGACAGGUCCAUUUGAUAGCCAUCAGGUCAGGUUUUACGAGCUGCUGAUCCAUGAAGCAGAAGUAAAGAGCACAGGUAUGGUCAGCAAGAAGCCCAACACAUGUGGCUUCUCACAAGUAGCAGGGAACUCAAUUGAACUGAGGAACCUAACACCCAACAUGGAUUAUGUCUUCAGAGUCCGUGCAGUGAAUAUGGCUGGACCAGGGCACUGGUGCAGACCAUACAAGUUUGCAACUCUGGCUGCAGCUGGGAAAAGAUUUUCAAAACCAGGCCCUGUCACUAUUAUAGUCCGACGGAAAAGAGGUUCACAAAAGAACGUAGCUUAUUUUGAUGGAAGUGGAAAGGAUACUGUAGAUGGCAUCAAAUCUUACUAAAAGUGUUGUCAAGCCACUACGUUCAUGGCCAGACUUGACUCGUAUAUAUUUAUGUAAAUAAAAGGAGAUCUAUGAUUUAAAUGUGGAGAGAUCCUCCUUCCCUAUUCCUAUUUUUGUGUUUUAGAUUAGCUGGGUUAAAUGCAUCCGUAUACAUCAGUGAGUUAGUCUCUGGGUAGCAUAUGUAGCAUAUGUAAAAAUAGAUCUUUGAAACCAGAUAUCCAAAAGAACCCUGCACCCAGUAGUUCCCAAUUAUGAGCCUUGGUAUUUUCAUGGCUACUUAAAAUUGUUCCACGCCCAACAUAUCCAAAUGAGAGUAAUGGCUGCUUUCAAUGAAGGCCUCAAACUGGAGCUUUGUACUUUGGAAAAUCUAGAUCCAGUUGAGAGUGCACACAUUGGCGAUGAAGUCGGCACCUAUCAGAGGAAGGGACCUGGUGGAUAGAUGAGGGGUAGAACUUAUGUGGUCACUCUAACAGGAAACAGCCAUGGUACUCUGGAAGAGCCUAAGCAGCGGUUUGGAGAGAUUAACCUUCUGUAGAAUUGGAGGGAGAAGGAACCCCAGAGCUUGGAAGGCUUCAUCCCCUCAACUGGAUUCUGCACUUUUCCUCCUCCCACCCCAGUCCCUGAGGCUGGUGAAAAGAAGACUCUAUGAUGUGAUCUUGACAAAAAGCCAUGGCUCCUCCUUGACCUUCCAGCAGCUACUACCAUCGAAGUGCCCAGUUUGGUUCUGCAAGGCACGUGCACAAGCUGGACCAAACUUAUUUUAAGCUAGUUUGUCCCCUUCCAAGCUUACAAGUCCCUGCCAGACCCAGGUUGUAUGGGUAAGACCUUCCCUUGUGAGGCCAGCUUUGCAAUGGAAAUAGUGUGACACUUUAAUCAUCCUGGAAAAAUGAAAAGUCCUAUAAUAGCAGCACAUUCUGCGUAAAAUAACUCUGCUAAUACAGUGCUGUAAAAGCGUUUUCUGCCAUAAAGAGAAACCAGCUGAUCCAAUUCCAAAAUGAAGGUGAGUGAAAAGCAAAUGCAUAAAACUAAAAGCAUACAUGACAACAAUCUGAGAUGCAGCUAAUGUAAAGAUUUUUUUUUUUAACAAGAUUUUUUUUGGCACCACUAGUAACGGUCCAAACUCUGGGGGUUUGCCUGGCUGAUCUGUCACAGCAGUGACCCCACUGUCCAGGGCUGAUUCUUCAAAGUCUGCCAGGGAAACAAAUGAGAAGCAGUAAGAUAUGGACUAGAACGUUAAUGCUGUCUUGAUUUUGUUUUUCUUUGCCCUAAUUGUAUUUGAACAUUUCAAUUGAAUCGAGCAUUGACUUUUAUCAGUGAUCUUUGUCUUAGUCAUUCAGGUGAGCCCUUUGCCGUUAAGUAAAAUGUCAUUUUCUUUUUUUCCCCCCAAGGUUAAAGCUAAGACAGCUGAGGUCUCAUUAAGCAGACAGAGGGAGUCUUUCAUCCAAUUGGAUAGCAACUAGAUAGGUUCAAUAAAAUAAAGGAGCCAAUUACUUGUAAGGAGGCUGUGUCAGACCUAGCCUAUAUAUCUUUGUCAGUGGCACUGGAUAGGCUGUUCAGUGCUGUGUGCUAGGGGCUGCCAGAUCAAAAAGAGGUGAAAAGAUCAGAUCUACCAAAUGACAUUUUUUACUUGCUUUGUAUUAAGGCUGGAGGUGCUCACAUACAAUCAGUCCUCAGCUCAUAAACUGAUCACUGAAUGCCUUAUAAACUUCAUCUUCAGCCAAUGAUGACAGCUGUUGCCUUUGAAGAUUAAGGUAUGUGGACAGGCAGCUUCAGAGUCCCUAGAACUGGGAUGGAGUCAGUACACAAAACUUACUUCUGUUGGGCAAAAUAAAUGUAUCCUGUCUCACUGGAUCAAACUGCCUCUCCCCACCCCAUUUGAUGAUCAUAAGUUAGAGAAGCAAACUUGUCCUCAUGGGCUAUGUCUAGGGUGACUAUGGGAGAAUAGGAAAUCCGUGACACUCCUCCUCCCCCCCUCUCCUGGGUCAGCGUUGCUGCAGGCAGAGGUGGGGGUAUGGCCACAUGGUGUGCCAGGCAGGCAGACGGCGGUGGUGUCUGCCCACCUGUUCUGUUCCUCAUCACUCUGCCUCCUCACCAGACUGUGCCCUGCACCCCUGCAUUUCUGGGAUGCUCAUUUUAAAUGUCAAAAUAAGGUACCAUCACUCUGGUUCAUAGGUAGAGGUUUACUGAACUCAAGGAGGUGGUUGGCUGAUUUCAUGGGCAGAUCCUGGGACCAGCUGCCAUUUUUUCAGGCUGAGUGCAGUGUCUCCCAACCCCUCUACAUAUUGGCUAAGGGGUCCUGGCAGUCCCACCCUUCCCCAAAGAUUGACAGAUGGCCCCAAACUGUGGCUUAAUUGCUUACCAUUAAUGGCUUUUGUGUGCUUAAUCAGGGGACACAUUAAGCAAUCUAAGCAUUUAAUUAAACACUAAAUUGAAAUGUGUUAUGAAAUUUAAAGCUAUACACAACAUGAAUUGUAAUUAAUACCAACUAUAUACACUUUAUUAAAGGACAUAAUAAAAAGGAGGUAGCUAUCAAAUGUUAGCAUGCCGUAUCCAGUAGCAGUAACUGUAGAUAUUCUCUAGCUACAUCUACAUGAGACACUGACUGCACAGGAACCUGAGUCACAGUGCAGUAAUGCCAAUAAAUGACUUUUUUGUGGUGCUACUGAGUAGUAGCCUAACACUACUGUGCAGUAGGGUUGUGUCAUGGUUUUUGCCAUGCAAUGCUACUGUGCAAUAGCAUUGGGCUACUGUGCAGUCAGAUUCUUGUAUAGACAUAGCCUCUUUCUCUGUGGGGUGAACACUUGUCUGUACACUGAGAUGGUAUACUCAGCAUCUACUGAGUUUGUUGAAAUGCUGAGGCAGUGUUUUGCCAGGGCAUAGAGAUAUGGAAACCUGUCACAAGCAGAGUCACAAGACACAGGCACAGUCAUCCGACACUCUUGGACAAAGCUCACAUAAGCAGCAUGUUCGUUGUCAUGCUCUUUCCACCAUCCAGGGAUUGAUUUUGGUAGCUGAGAGUCACAACUCAGAAUAGGCACCUAGUUGGGGGGCCAAAAUGUGAACAGCAUUAAGGAAGGAAGCAGGUGGUUGUCUGAACCAUGGAGGCAGUGAUGCAUCACACCUGCAGUACUGGUUCAGCUUUACAGCUAUUGCCUGGAGCAGUUUCUGUCUCUGCUGAUUUUCAUGAGGACAGCUUGACAGUUCUUGUGAUGCUGUGUCUUCAACUCAACUUAUCAAAUCCAUAAGGUUGUAUGUGUGGUGGAUCAUGCCUCCUGGCCUUCAAACCACAUUAGAAGCUCCAUGAAUUGGGUGGCAUUUUCAGCCACAAACAUAACUUGAUCUUGAAUGUUGCCCUGCCUUAAGAGAUCUUGAAGUUUAAGCAUGCACUGUGCACUGGGUGUGAUUUCUAGCUCCUUGCUCAUAAAUUGCUGGUAGUACUGCAUGUGCUUGGCAUGGUAAUGGACCAUGUUGAACCAUGAAUGGACAGAGGUUCUGGUGGCAGCAGCACAGUUCCAUGUGAGUCUUCACUUUGACUGGCAAUGGACUCCCUGCAUCUGACCUUAUGUCCUGGACAGUGUUUGAAGGCCUUCUUGAAGGAUGACACCAGGAUAUCCACAUUAGGGAACUGUGUGCACCAGAUGUCACUUACUAAAGACAGAAUGUGCACAUUGAAGGUGGCACAAACUGUAUUUGCAGCACACCAGAUGCACAUCAGAGACAGUCUUGCACACAUACAUGGCAUUGCCAGACAGGAAUGCUGAGACUCCAUUAAAUUCUAAGCCAUAGUUGACAACUAUCUGUACUAUGGCCUGAGACAUGGUAGAAAAAUUGACAGAUGUGAGGUGGACUGGUUCUGUUUGAAAUGGGCAGGUUCCAAUCUGUCCAGCUCCCUGGUACAAAUGUGCAGCACAUAGUUGUCCUGAGGGUCAGUGGCUUCAUCAGACACAAUGGAGAAGGAUUCAUACUCUGCCAGGGCAGCAUUCAUGGACUGUACAUGUGUCACUGCAGGGAGAUAGUCCUGGCAGAGCUUGUUGGCACACAGAAAACUGCUAAUAUUUGGUAUAUUUUGGUUCAGGUGUAGUCCCUUAACUUAGGGUGAUCAAGCUUCUCCAGUGGGAUGUUCACCACCGUGAAAGCCUCCAUGAGGAAAAAUGCUGCCUCUUGUCUUGCCAAGCUGCUUUCUGUGGUUCUUUUAAAGAACAAAGAGACUGUUACUUGUUUGUUGCUCUGACCUUCAGCUUCUGCAACAGCCUUUUGCUUCAUGUGCACCUCAGACUCUUAAGUGUCGAUCUAUGCUGGUUUUCCUCAGCAUAUUCAGAGUUACACUGCAGGUGCUACAGAACAGUCUUCAUGCAAGGCCCCUGCAAGAUACUGCCUUACAUGGUCCAAAACUGAAACAUUUUUGAUUAUCUUGGAUGAUUUCUUCUCAGCAUUCAUGCUGAAUCUUCUUCAGGCUGCAGCAUACUGUAUCAGCCAGCAUCACUUCUCUAGCUGGGUCCUGGACUGGCUCCUGGACUAAGCCUACAUCAGGGGCUGAGCCUCUUAUUUGCUCUCCCAGCACCCUGCUCCCCUGCCUCUAGUGCUUCAGGACUGCAGGGCUUCCCACUCUUUUCCCUGCUUACUGGUAGGGUUUUUUUUUGCUUUUUUCUUUGUUUUUUUCACAACCAACCUGCCAUUUUUCGUAGAAUUUGCCAUUUUUUCACAGUCUCAGACCAAUUUUGCAUUUUCCAUGAAAAAUACACAAUCACAAUUUUGGUAGGUCCCUAUCAAUAGUAUCAAAGGCCUUAAUGUAUGGUAUUGCCUACUGCCUUUCAGAUACAAGACAUAAUAAGGGAAGCUCCCCCAUAUAGGGGUUGACUGUGAUCCCAAGCUAAGUGCUGAUGUUGCUGACAACUGUCUCCUCCUUGAUUGUUCAGCUGUUAUUCAGAAGCAUGGCUGGUAUUAUUUUUAGGUGGUGUUUGCUCUUGACUAUUAUUCAGAAGCUUAUCUGUGGUAUUCCUGGGUGGGCUUUUUAAGUGCUGCCCAAUAUUCAUGAUAUAUCAGUCAGUACAGGUAUAGGUUCUGGACGCAUUCUGUGCUUGACAUUCUGAACUUGUUUUGGGGGACUACUGUGUUAAACAGUUGCAUCUUUGAAAGGGGAGAUUAGCAUCUCUGUGACCAAAUUCCAAGAACAGAAUACAAAGGGACACAAAAGGGAUUGCAGAGAGAUUAUAAAUUAUUAGUAUAAAUUCAAGUAUGUUCUACAAAAGCAUUUCUCUGUAGCCUGGAGGCAAUUUUGCUGGUGUCACCUGAUAUCAGGAAGCUGAGUGAUGAUUUUGCUCUAAAAAAUGUAGCCUUUCUUUUUUUAUUUCACUUGAAUGUCUAUGUCAUGAGUGAAUAUGGGAUAAAUUCAAGCACAAUUAAUUGUCAUGUGGUGGCAGAGAGUCAAGGCAUCCUGCUAUGGCUCAGGAGAUAUGAAUUAUAGCCCUGCUCUGGACUCAUGCCAAAGACCACUUCCAGAUUACCUAAACGUAAAUGGGCACCUGGUUACUCAGGCUGCGGAAUCAGAAGCAGCCACGUCACUGCAUUGUGUGGCUGCUGGCAGCAGGAUCUUUAUCAUGCUAGCCUCAGUGGACCAUUAGGCUUGGGUGGACCUUUUGCUCGACUCAGUCAUGUAGGUAGCACCAUAAAGGGUAUGAAUGAACAUUACAAAAGUCACCUUCCCCCCCACAAAUGUCCAUAUUUCCUUAUCCAGAUUCUCUCCUAGGGACAUGAAUAGUCUGAGGUGCAUGCACUGCCACCAUCACUUGACCAAAGACCUUCUUCAUACAAAUAUGUGAACUAUGAUCCCUCAAUUUAAGGUUCUGCCAGGCCAGAAUUAUGAACACUUUCUCCCUUUCAGUUUUUGCACAGGAAUAUACUGUGACACUGGUAUGGUGACAGAAUGCAUGGGCAACUAGUGCCUCCUGAGUCUGAGGGGCACCCGCAGAAGGCAGCGUCAGCGGGGACAGAGCUGGCGAGCAGACACUGUCGGCGGGGAUGGAGCUGGAGAGCGCACACACACUGCUGAUGGCGUUGGUGGCAGGGACCCUGUUGGGGGGACACGUGCCUCCCUGUGCUCCUCCUACCAGUCGACUAUGACAGAAUGUAUCUUCCCUUCCUUGUGGAUCUUCUGACAUAACUCUCCCUACACAGAACAGAAUGUGAUCCUCUGUCUACCUUAGUCAAUAUGGACUGAGUAUCCAUUCACAGGGUUUCUGGAACCUCUAGCCUUAGCGUAUGCAGAGUGCAUGUGCCUGAGUGUGGUAACUGAGGAAAGCAAGUAUUAGCAUGAAUGCAAUGUAACUAUUUGUGACAUAAAAGCUUCCUGAUUUAUGUGAAUAUGACUAAUGAAAAUAAGCAGAGAGAGGAAUGAAAGAGGCAAUAGGAACAGCUUGGGAGCAAUUUUUAAAUUUUUUUUCCAGCAAGUGCAUAAGUGGUUUCAUAAAGAUAGAGAGGAAAGUUUGGCAGUGAAGCACUUUAGCUAUCUUCAGCAGUUUUUGUGCAAAUUGUCAUGACUAUAAACUGACACACAAAGUAAUGCUGAAUACAGCUGCCUGCGUUAAAAGCAUUUGGCUUCCAUACAGUGCUUAUUGUCUGAUGUGCAUGUUUUGCAUGGACAGUGUUCAUUUUAAAUGCAUGCAUAAAUAAAGCAGAAACAGCCCUAAUUUUUAUACAAGGUACAUAAAGAUAUGUCAAUUGAACACUUUUGGGUUUUGUUUGAAAUUAAUAUGGCUGGUGUGAUUUGCCUGCCUUAGAUGAAAUACCUCCUGGCAUAAUUACAUAUGCAUUAAUAUUCACCUCCAGUAAUUCAUUUCAUGAAAAUUCUGAGCAGAUCAAUGCCCAUAGGAAGCAUAAACCCCUCGCUAUCAAGCCUCUUAGGCUAAGCUUCCCUUCAUAUGGGAAAGCAAUUAGAGAAAAAGCAGAAUGUCUCCAUGUGCUAUAGUUUUCUUUAAAUGUUUCUCGAGACUGACCUUAUAGCCAGUGCUACUCUUCCUCUUCCGGUCCCCAAGGUGUUUCUCAAAAGAUGUUAGCAAAUCUCUUUGGAAUCUUAAGUGUCUUUCUCACUUUUUGUUGAAUCCUAUACACUAGAGAGUGUACAUACGAGCUCGGGGUUUUCCUUUAGAACAAGAAGGCAGUGUUUGCUUUUAAAAAAGAAUCUGCAUUUCACUAUCCUGGGUUAGGAUAAUGAAGCAUGUGAUUGUAGUUCUUUCUCCCCUCCCCCCCAUUUGUUUACUUUAUAGCCUCAUUACAGAAAAAUCAAGCCAUUUUAAAAUCCAAAUGUCUCAGUAAAUGAUGGAUUACCCUGUUUCUUAUUACAGAUAUCUAAGCAGAUUGCAAAAUAAUGGGUGCUAGGUUCUGGCUCACGUCUUUGACCAGUUUUAAGCUGGUAUAACUUAAAAACUGGAGUAACAGUGAGAAAGCAAGGCCUGUAUUCACCAGAGGUGACCAAGCUGUGACCUACAAGGCUUGUAUGACAAGUUCAAAGUGCUGCUGUCUCUGAUCCUACAGCUUUGAAGGAUUAGUUUUAAAUUUAAUUAUUGAUUUCUCCCUCCAUCCCAAACAUCAGUGGCAAAAUAACCACACAAUUAAUAAUUGAUACCUGCAGAGCAAGAAGGUUGAAAACAUGUGAUAAGAUGCACUUGUAAGCUGCAAUUCUCUCUGGCAAACAUGUAGUAAGAAAUUUGUGAUUGAGUCAAAUAUUAUGAUUUCCUGUCCAAAUCUUGACUUCACAGUCACUGCAUUUUGGAUAAAUAACACCCACUAGGUGAGUUCAUUUUAUUUCCAGCUUGUGCAUAAAUCUGAGUUAAUGACAAGGUUUUAAAAAUACUUACAACAUCGUCACUUGUUAAGAAAAUUCUCCAGCUAUAUAAGACAGCAGAAGUGGGGGAUUUAGCAAAUAUGGAAGUAACCUAUUGAAAUAUAUAAAAACCCACAGGGGAAUCCUUUCAGGCCCUACUCAUUUGUGCUGGAACUGCAUCCCAAAGAGAUGACCAGUCCUAAAAUAUGCUGCUGCUCAGGGUACACUGAGGCAGGUUGUAGGGUAGGGACCCAAUAAAGUGGAAAUACACAACAAUGAAGCCCAGCCUGGAGGUUGUUGGAGGAACUGGAGAGAUGUCUUCUACUCACUGCUCUGUCACCUUAACACACUGGCCCUUUUGGCUGGAGGUUGGUCUCCCCUCUGUGGUUGUCAGGCUGUUUUCCUCCGUGUUUUCAUGAUUCAAAUGGAGGAAUGGACUGAGGAAGCACCCUUAACAGGCUUUGCCUCCUUAUAGUACCUCCUGCUGUGGGGAAGGGGAAGUGCAACAGCCAUGUCAAUCCUGGUAUUGAUAAAUAAAUUGGCUGGGUGUCAGUUUUGCCAGUUCAUGAUGAUAAGCAGAGGUAAGCCAUCACCAUUCACAUUACAGAAAUGCCUAGAUACUCAGUGUAGAUCAGCAUCCAUUGUGUUCAGUGUCAUAUGGAUAUUAGUAAAAGCCAAUGGCGCAAAGAAUUUACAAUCCAAGUAGUCAUGACUAGGAGAGAGUGGAAGGAGUAUUAUCCCCAGUUUACAGGUGAGGAGUUGUCACAGAGAGAGAGAGUCACUCGCACCAUGAGAGACAGGGCAUUUGCAGCAGUCUGGAACUGAGCCCAAAUAUCCCAAGUCCCUAUCUGCUGCCUUAUCUGCUAAUGUCUAAACCCCCUCAAAUAUGCAAACAUUUGAAUUUAGAUUUAGAUCUGUUUUUGCAAAUGGGACAGAUCACAGUGUCAUAGGGCACCUAUACAUGUGCCUGAUGCCUCCUCCAAUGCAUGCUAAUUUGCAAGCGUUGAAGCAGACUCAAUGAAUCUGGAGCUUUAGUUAAAGCGCCCCUGACACGACUGUCAAAUGAGUUUUAGUUAAAGUGCCCCCUCCCAACAUAUUGAAGUGUGGGAUGCUGAAUACAUGAGAUGUUAUGGGCACUUAAAUUAGAGCAGUUUCCAAGAGCCACUCUAAUUAAACCCCCCUUCACCCCACCUGGGACACAUGUUAAGCUGUCCAUAGAAAACAGGGCUCAAAAGGCCCUCAGGAGCUCAUCUAGUUCAAUCCCCUGCUCAAAGUGGGAUCAUCCAUGACUAAAAACCACCUUAGCAUGUGUUUGUCGAAUCUGCUCCUAAUAACAAUGAAGGAUGGAGAUUCCACCACAUCUUUAGAUAAGCUGCUUCAAGGCUCAACCCCCCCCCCCCAUACUUAGAAAGUUCUUCUUAAUAUCCAAAUUAAAAUCCCUCUUGUUGCAAUUUAAGACUUCUUGACCUGUCCCUUAUGGACGCGUUCAGACAAGUGCGCAUGUGCCUCUUGCUCCAUCUCAAACCCCUUUGAGACGAGGCAAGAGGCAUGUGUGGGAACAAAAAAAUGUUUCCCUGGAUUUUUAGAUCCCUGGAUAUUCAGCGGUCUAAAAAAUCCGAAGUUAAAAAAAGUGGGGACUGUUCCUUGAGGUAACUGGAGACUGGGUCCUCCAUGAAGAUGCUCUGGCUGCCAGAGCAUUUCUAUGGUUGGGCCCUUGCCCUGGUGCUGAACCAUGUGGCCUGCCAGGCAGCAUGCUUCAGCACCAGG